GAGUUUCCGUCCAUAGAGAACCAUACAACUACCUAUAUUUGGGAAAUUAGAUCUUCCAGUUCUACAAGACGAUUUAUUGGCGGAGGCAUUGCUGAACAUUCAGGCAGAAUUCUCUAGUGGUACGACAUCUUACCUUAUUUUUAUGUAAGUGCAUUUUGUUUAUGUAUCUAUUUCUUAAUAUGCUUCAACUGACUGGCAAGUAUGAUGGGGUUUUAAAUUUUGUUUUCAAUGGAAUAAUGAAUUUUGUAUUUUCUUUAUAAAGCUUCUCUCAUAAAAUCAGUUAUUUUUUUAAAAAUAGCAUAACGUCAUUUGAGGUAUGUCUGCAAUUAGUACAAAUGCUCCUUCAUCUGCAGAUGCCUGUCUAAGUAUUGUGCAUAGUUUAAUGUGUCAUAGACAAGGCGGAGAAAGUGAAGGUUUCGCAAAGAGAGCUAUAGAAUCAUUGGUAAAAAAAUUGAAAGAAAAACGGGAUGAAUUAGAUUCGUUGAUUACUGCUAUAACUACUAGUGGUGCUCAUCCCAGUAAAUGUGUAACUAUUCAAAGAACUUUAGAUGGUAGGUUACAAGUUGCAGGUAGAAAAGGAUUCCCUCAUGUCAUAUAUGCACGAAUAUGGAGGUGGCCAGAUUUACACAAAAACGAAUUAAAGCAUGUUAAAUAUUGCCAAUUUGCAUUUGACUUGAAAUGCGAUUCAGUUUGUGUAAAUCCAUAUCAUUAUGAGAGAGUUGUUUCUCCAGGAAUUGAUCUCUCAGGUUUAACACUUCAAUCAGGAACACCAAGACUGGUAAAAGAUGAAUACACACCUGGAGUUGUUCCCGGAAACAGUAUGGACAUUGAUGCAGAUAUUGGUAUUAAAUUCUCACAAACUGUACAACAUCACCCACCACAGCAAAAUUUUACAUUGAGUGGACUGCAAUCACCUACAAAUCAAAACCAAAUACAACAAACCAUAGGACAAGAACCUAUUCCUCAAAGCUUAGCAAAUAAUUCUCCAGUCUCAUGUCAUAUUCCAAAAAACGAAUUUAGCAACACAAACAGUACAAAAGUAGUUGCUUCAAAUACUAAUGGUACAGUUUUAACCACUCAGUCAAUAAAUACAAUCGGACAAAAUUUCACUGUUGCCGGUGGGUCUUGGAAUACUUCAAGUACUUUAACAUACACAAAAACAAUGCAACCACCAGACAAUAGAAGUCACACUGCUUACUGGGUUACUUCACCUGGUCAACUAAAUUCCGAUGUUAACAUAGGGGGUUUAUUAUCCACGCAACCUGCACCCGAAUACUGGUGUUCUGUAGCAUAUUUUGAGUUAGACACUCAAGUUGGAGAAACAUUCAAAGUGCCAUCAAAUUGCCCAAAUGUCACUGUGGAUGGAUAUGUCGAUCCUUCAGGAGGAAAUAGAUUUUGUCUCGGUGCAUUAAGUAAUGUGCACCGAACUGAACAUAGUGAAAGAGCGAGACUUCAUAUUGGUAAAGGCGUACAAUUGGAUCUCAGAGGGGAAGGAGAUGUGUGGUUAAGAUGUUUAAGUGAUCAUUCAGUUUUUGUACAAAGUUAUUAUUUGGAUAGAGAGGCGGGAAGACAACCAGGAGAUGCUGUUCAUAAAAUUUAUCCUGGCGCUUACAUUAAAGUAUUCGAUUUAAGACAAUGCCAUCAUCAAAUGACCACACAAGCUGCCACGGCACAAGCAGCUGCUGCAGCACAAGCUGCAGCCGUUGCGGGGCAUAUUCCAGGACCACAUUCGGUGGGUGGUAUUGCGCCAGCUAUAAGUUUAUCCGCCGCAAGUGGCAUUGGAGUGGAUGAUUUACGGCGGCUUUGUAUUUUAAGGCUAAGUUUUGUAAAAGGUUGGGGACCAGAUUAUCCUCGCCAAUCGAUAAAAGAAACUCCAUGUUGGAUAGAAGUACACCUUCAUCGAGCUUUACAGCUUCUUGAUGAAGUUCUUCAUACAAUGCCAAUUGAUGGACCGAGACAUUAAAGUGAUCAUUACAUUGAUAUUUUGUCUAACCUUUUCCCAUUUUUUUUUUUGAUAAAUUAGAUCAGGAAUAGUAGAAAUUACAGGGAACAUCGAAAACGAGAGAGUUUUGGAAACAUUAGGCGACGUAUUAAAAUAUUUGUUAAAAGGUAUAGAACAUUAAUAGAACAUGGUGCAUGAAGUGGUCCAGUACAUUGAUGGUAAAUAUAUAGAACGUCAAUAGAACAUGAUACGAAAUGGUGUAGUACAUUGAAGUACAGUUACUUCAAUAAAACAACUCUUAUUUACAAAUAGUUUCAUGUUUGUUAUUGUCGCACAGUUGAUCCACAUGUACAAAUUUUGAAUUAUUAGUUUCUUUUUUUCUCCGGGAAGAAUUUUCUGUUUUUUUUUAAGUUUCUGGAAAAAAACUAUUAAGUUUCAGGCACGUUUCGGCUUUCAGGUCUUAAUUGAUAUAAUUUUCAAAUUACAGAAUGAUUCACUAAAUACACUAUACACACAUCUAUAGUCUGUCGGUAGAAGUAUUAGACUUAAUUAACAGCCAAACUUUUGGAAUUUGAAGAACAAAGUGGGCGCUGAUAGAUUAAAGGCAAUUCAUGUCCUUCCAAGUUUAAAAAUACUUGAAUGCUUGAUGUUUUGUUGAAUCUAUCUAUGAUGCAACUCGUCAAUAUUUAUGAUUGUAUCCAUUGAAUGCUUUUUUAGUUAAUAAAAUUAUAUUUAAACUUCAAAUACAUUGUGUUGAAAAUUUUGGUCGUAUUUAACCCCCUCUUAUGGUCAAGAUCAGUUUAAAGCAACAGUUUAUCUUAAACAAAUGCACUUUACAUCAGAAGACGGUAAUUGUCCAAAAAUAAAACCACGAUUUUACUUUUCCAAAUACUUAAAAAGUGAAAGCCUUUUACGCCUUGCUAAUAUUAUUAACCUGUGAACAACUUCUGUAAAACUAAAAAAAUAGUUGCUGUAAUCAAGUGAUACUUCAAAAUACUGCAACUAGCAAAUGCAGAUGAACUAAGAAAACUACGACCUUUUUAAAAUAAGAACUAUUCAGUAUUCAAUAAAGAACAUUUAGUGUUGGGAAUUAUCAGAAUACCCAUGUUAAGGAUGGUCUGUCUAACCUCACUUUUGUAUGAUAAACAAAUGCGAGGUAUUGAGACAUUCUGCUCAAAAGUUUAAGAUGUACUGCGAUAACGCCGUUUUCAGUGUUUGCCGAUUUGAAGUUUUUGAUGCUGAUGUAUAUACUGUAUUAGAAAUUUGAAAUGUUUAUUAAUGUGAAAAAUAAUUUUACAAAUAAAACAAUACCAUUAUAGUUAUGUAGCAGUAGUUUGUCACAGUCACAUUUUAUUAGUUAUUGUAUUUACUAUUGUGUUUUGUAUAUAUAUUUAUACAUAGAUCUAUAAAUUUUAUAACUUUCGCAAUAAAUUUGAUUUUUACAAAC